UGCUAUCAUGCAGUUGUGUAAUUUGAUAAGCACAUACACAAAACAAGAUAGCAUAUGCAGAAUUUGACAGCUGCCUGGCUUGAGCUUUUUGUUGAAAUCUGAAUUAUUCCGAUGAUAAAUUAUUCAUUUUGCCCAAUUUCGCGGAAUACUGGACGUAACAUUAUCAGCGUUUAUGGCCACUGACUUGUUAACGAAUAAUGUUUGGUAUGCUCCGGGUCAGGACGCUCUCGACAACCAUAAACUCGCUGCACCACCACUGGCACACGGGCUGAGAAGAGAAGGAGGAGGAGAAGAAAGAGAAGGUCAUAGACAUGGACAAGUCCUCUACAACAUAAGGAAUACAAUCAGUGGCAGCGCUUCAUUUCACGACUACAAUCUGGGUAAAUCUGAGAUGGACAAAUAUCUGUCCCCUUAUCCUCAGAAAGUCCCAGACUCCAGACAGACAUCUUUCACAGAGGACCUUAGUUCCCCAUACAGCAUCAACAUGAGCCUUCUCUUCCCUGACGUCACUUACCUGAGCCCGGGCAUAUGUCGGCCUAUGAGACCCAUCAAGACAGAGUCUCUCUCCCACUCCCUCAUGCACCCCAGCUGCCACGGCAACCUUGGUCCAACAACACUUCCAGAACACCCUGGGCUUUAUGGUGCUUCAACAGACACAGGAAGUAGCAUGUUCAUCAAACAGGAAAUGCACACCCUGGACUUCCCAGACGUUCCGUUGUUCCAGCUAUUGAACUCUGAGCUAGAGCAGCUGGUGCCUAGUCAUCCAGUGAACUCAGACCUCCACAGCGGGGUCCCCGUGUCCUCCAUGUCGUUCCCUUUCAGCAACGUCCACUUAUCAUCCCCCCAAAGUGCUGUCAAAUCUAUGGGAUGCCCACAAAAUGGUGGCUAUACUCUGCAAACCCAGUUCGCAAGCCAUUCGCAGCAGCGACCAGCCUAUCUUCCUCUGUCCCCGCCCAACUCCAAGCCAGGGAGCCCGGACAGAGGGAAAGAGCUGAUCCAGAAUCUGUUUCUGCCUCCAUCUUAUGCAGCAAGGAUUGCCUCGAAUCUGAGUCCUGGUCUUGUGCCAGUCCAAAGCUCAGGACUUGUUCAGAGUCCAGGUCUUGGACAAGGCCAAAGUUCUAGUCUUGGAGCAGGCCUGAUCCCUGGUGUUGGGCCAGUGUCCCCAGCGUUGGCCCAGACAAGUCCAGGGAGGUGUAACCGUAGGAAUAACCCUGAGCUGGAGAGAAGGAGGAUACAUCACUGUGAUGUUCCAGCAUGUAAGAAAGUCUACACCAAGUCCUCCCAUUUAAAGGCCCAUUUGCGGACACAUACGGGAGAGAAGCCAUACCAAUGCUCCUGGGAGGGGUGCGAGUGGUGCUUCGCUCGUUCCGACGAGCUGACUCGCCACUUCAGGAAACACACAGGGGCCAAGCCCUUCCAGUGUGGUGUGUGUGACCGCUGUUUCUCCCGGUCUGACCACCUGGCUCUACACACGAAGAGGCACCAGAGAUAGGGAAACCUACAUGAAUCGUAUUUUUUUUAUUAGAUCGAAGUCAAAUGAAACAUUAUAUUUAAGUACAUCUCAACACAUUUCACAAUACAAUUGUGACUGUAACAUGGGUGUAGAUUUUCCAUGUAUUUAUUUGAGUAAAUACUGCCAUGGUUCGAUUUUUUUUUAAUAAGAGCUCAAAGGUGGAUUGAGUCAAGCUAUAAUGACAAACGAGCUACUUUUAGUAUCUCUAUGGUUUAUCUACAGCAGUGUUUCCCAAACCUCUGCUCAAGUUCCCCCAGCCAUUCCACGUAUUUGACCUAUUCCGGUACUAGCACAUCUGAUUCAACGAAUCAUGUUUGAUGAUGAGUUGACCAGUUGAAUCAGGUGUGCUAAUACUGGAAUAUAUCGAACAAGUGUAAAAGUUGGGGGUACUCAAUGAGAGGUUUAGAAAAUGUCAACCCUGAUCUACUGUAUCAUCGCUUCCUUUUCUACUGAGUAUUGGCACUGAAAGACACUAUUUGACAAUGUAUUGCUAUUGACGUUUAAGUUAAAAAAUAAUAUCACACGUUAUACUGAUUUUCUAAGUGCCUUUUAAAGCUAGACUCCUUAGUUGCUACAUCCAUUUUUGGACUCAAAAAUGAAUGACAUAUAACCAUUGAUUCUUGAGGUAUAUAACUUAUAAAUGCCUCAUGAGCUUAGUUUAACUUGUUUUACUCCAAUGUUUGUAAACAGCAUAAAUGUGAAACACUGUAUAGCCUCCAAACAUGGUUAAAACUAUACAUUUGAUGUCAUGAAUGGUCAGUCCUUACAUCUAUGAAUAUGAGUGGUUACAUUUCUCCAGCCCCAUCCCUUCGAUUUUUAACAAAACGAGCAGGAGUACGCUUUGUUAUUGUCUAAUUAAAGAUUCUACCUGUAAUGUUUUAUAAAUUAAUUAAAGAUGAAGCAAAAGACAGUCUGGUACACUGUAAAAAUA